UUGUGUAUCUAUGGACCUAACCUCAUUAUUUGUCAGUGAUGUUUUUGAAAAACAACUGGGAAGGGAGAAUUACAAUAGGAUUACGUUAUACGAUACUCAUGUGAAUCAUUUUGUUGAAUUAGUUAUGAAAUUUAAUAACUCAAGUACAAUAACUAUAAAUGUAACGAAGACGCUGAAAUCUGCAUAUGUAGAUACAUAAUUAUUUUUAUGUCCUUUCCAAGAGAAAAUUUAUAUUUAUAUUUAAUUAGUAAUCUUAACUUGUUAAUAGCUGGAAGGGUUAUAAAAUGACCGACGGAGAAAGCAAUAAGUACGAGGGCUAUAGGCAGAGUCUUGGGUCAGAUGGAGAUUAUGAUGAUGAAUUGGGAGUACCCGACUCCAUUAAAAUCGUGGACAUUGGGGACGGGCCUGUCGCCAUAGAGAACUCUGAUGAUGAGUUAGAAGAAGAGGAUGUAGAUGGCUGUAUUCCUUUUAAUCAAGUUCAGGAUUAUGUGAAAUUUAGUUCUCUUAAUAGAAACGUUUAUGUGCCAGGCGAGGAUGUGGUUGUCACGUUCCUGGAUUAUGAAAGAAACCUAACCUCGCAUAUGCUAAACCCUAAUUUGUACACAAUUUCAGUUGUGCAUGGUCAAUUCUCAUGGUCAAUCAAGAAGAGAUAUAAGGAGAUUCAGAGUUUGCAUCAGGAUUUGAUCCUCUUUCGGACUGGUCUUAAUAUCCCACUUCCCAGUAAAACCCACAAAAACAAGAGGCAAACGUUUAAAGAUGUGGUGCCGAAAACGAAUAAAGGGAAAAGAAAAGCGGCAUUGCCGAGGUUUCCGAAGAAACCAGAAUUCUUGGUGCAAUAUGAGAAAAUACCAAACCGCAUGAAGCAACUGGAGAGUUACCUGAAUAACUUGUUGUCCAUUACUAUUUACAGGAACCAUCCUUCUAUGCUGAAUUUUCUCGAAAUAUCGCACUUGUCAUUUGUGAAAAGCUUGGGCAUUAAAGGUAAAGAAGGCUUGAUAAAAAAAAAGACAGGCAGCACUCAACCAGGCCAGUCCGGAUGGAAUUGUUUUGGAUGCUACAGAUGUUUCUGUUGCGUCAGGUGUCAGCGGUUCUUCAACGAAUUCGUGUGCUCUCGUUACGUGAAACGUUGGUUUUUCGUCAAAGACACGUUUUUCGGGUACAUUCAUCCCGACACUGGCCGCGUGAAUUGUGUAAUUCUCUUCGACCAGGGGUUCGAGGUCGCUUCGGGCAUGUAUUCGAUGUCGCUGAAUAAAGGGUUUCACAUCCAGACUCUCUCCAGGUCGCUAACGUUCGAGUGUUGGUCGAGGAGCAAAAGCAAAGAAUGGAUAGGAGCCCUUAAAGAAGUCACCUCUACUACCGCACGUGACUUUGUUAUGCCCAAUCCCCACCACUCGUUUGCACCUAUUCGGAACAGCGUCGCCGCUUCCUGGUUCGUCGACGGCUCUUCUUAUAUGUCGGCAGUCGCCGAAGCUAUAGAUAACGCGAAAGAGGAGAUAUUUAUCACCGACUGGUGGUUAAGUCCGGAAAUUUAUUUGAAACGACCCGCCAUCGUCGGAGAUUAUUGGAGACUUGACAAACUGCUGCAGAGAAAAGCGGAAAGUGGUGUUAGGAUCUACGUGUUGCUGUAUAAAGAGGUCGAACUCGCACUCGGUUUGAACAGUUACUACAGCAAGCAGAGACUUUCUGAUUUACACCAAAAUAUUAAAGUGCUGAGACAUCCAGAUCACGCGAAAGUGGGAGUUUUCCUGUGGGCGCAUCACGAGAAAAUGGUUGUCGUCGAUCAGACUUAUGCAUUUGUGGGAGGUAUCGAUUUGUGUUACGGCAGGUGGGACGACGAUAAACACAGGCUGACAGACUUGGGCAGCAUCACCCCGACGGUGGACGUGUCCAUCAUAAAGAAGAAAACAUCAUCGAAUCCGGGCGGGGACUCGAUCUAUCCGAUCCCCACCCCUUACUACAAACAAUGUCCCACACCGGAGAUCUCGAAACCGCAGACCCCUUCACCCAACAUCACCAAUCCCGACGUUUUGCCCCAGCUAGAACCGGGCGACUACCUGAUGAUACCGUGCAAGACCCACGUCAAACCCAACACGCCAGACAUGGACCGCAAGAACGUCAUGGGGUUCAUUAAGACCAAAGGCAAGGAGUUGAUGAAUCUGGUGUACAAUCCGAAUGAAGAAAUGCCGGCUACUCCUGACGGGGGAACGGAUGGUUGCGACGUCGACGGCAAAGAAGACCUGCAGACUCCCGAACAGCUGAUCGAUACUUUGGACGGGUCGGCUAAACUGUGGAUCGGAAAGGAUUAUGUCAAUUUCAUUGUCAAGGAUUUCAAUAGGCUGGACUCACCGUUCGACGAUUUUAUUGACAGGGGUACUACGCCCCGGAUGCCAUGGCAUGACGUCGGGGUGUGCGUGCAGGGCGCGGCAGCGAGGGACGUUGCCCGCCAUUUUAUACAACGGUGGAACGCUACCAAAUUGGAAAAGGGCAAAAAUAACAAAUCCUACCCGUAUCUGGUGCCCAAAACAUACGACGACUACAAGACUCUGCCCGUCAAUUUUCCCAAUCAGACUUACAACGUCAGUUGCCAGGUGUUGCGGAGUGUUAGCACGUGGUCGUGCGGUUUUCUCGAACCGAACACUGUCGAGCAGAGUAUCCACGAGGCCUACAUCGAUAGCAUAACGAGGGCACAGCAUUAUGUGUACAUCGAGAACCAGUUUUUCAUUUCGCUGGCGUUCGAUAACCCUAACACGCGGAAUCAAAUCAGCGAGGCGCUUUAUAAGCGAAUUGUACGGGCGCACAAGGAAAAGGCUGUAUUCAGGGUGUUCGUGGUGAUGCCGCUACUGCCUGCGUUUGAGGGGGAGAUCGGUGGAGCUACUGGGACUUCGCUACACGCCAUCACCCACUGGAACUACUCUUCAAUAUCGAGGGGCAAAGACGCCAUAUUGAAUAGGCUAAAAGCGGCGGGCAUCGAGGAUCCCCAAGAUUACAUUUCUUUCUACGGUUUGCGGAACCAUUCGACGCUCAAUUCUGAACCGAUCACCGAGCUGGUCUAUGUGCACUCGAAGCUUCUGAUUGUGGACGAUCGAAUCGUGAUCUGCGGUUCGGCCAACAUCAACGACCGUUCUAUGAUCGGCAAAAGAGAUUCCGAAAUCGCGGUCAUCGUCGAAGACGAGACGUUUGACGACGGCAUGAUGAACGGAAACGCCUACCCGUGCGGCCGAUUCGCCGGCGGUCUGCGUAAGUACCUGUUCAAAGAACACCUGGGCCUGUUGGGCCACGAGGACGAGGCUAUCGACUACGACGUAGUCGAUCCCGUGUGCGAUUACUUUUACAGGGAGGGAUGGUACAAGACGGCCAGCUUGAACACGGAGUUUUAUGAGAAAGUAUUCCGUUGUCUGCCGUCAGAUAGCGUCGCUAGUUUCACCGACCUGAAGAGGUUCGCAGAGGGCAAACCAAUGUGGGUGGACGAGUUUUCACGAGCCGAAAAGAUGUUGGAUAGUAUUCAGGGACAUCUCGUGUUGCUGCCUCUGAACUUUUUAUGCAACGAAAAUUUGACACCCGCCGCCGCGUCGGUUGAGGGAAUGAUGCCCACUUCGUUAUGGACGUGAAGUUCUUUUGCAAGCUUUGCAACAUUAUGUUAAGAACUUUUUGGUAGAUAAAAAUGUACUUACUAAAUUGCAUUGAUAAUUUUGCACAAUCUGAGCAAUAUGCGGUUGAGCAUUAUCUUGCUGAAAUUAAAAAUUCUCACCAAUGUGAGGGCCAAAUGUAUGCAGGAUCUCGCUUAUCUGCUGUUAAAAUGCCUUUAUUAACCAAGUCAGCACAAGCAGUUAAACAUAAAACAUAACUUACCCUCUACUAAAUAAUCCGAUGUUUUGGAAGUUACAUUUUGCAUAUCUUUCAUUUGGUCUUCGAUAAACUCUUUCCCAUUCGUCUUCAGACCAGUCGAUGUGUUCUUUAGCAAAAUUUAACCUUGCUCUAGGGGUUAAUGCUGGUAGUGCUGGGUUUCUUAUAUCAAUUGAAAUUCUGAGUUCAUCUGCUUUUUUGCCAAUUGUUGUCUCCCCAAGCUCUUUAAUAAUGUUUUUUAUUUAUAGUCAUACGCAUUUCGUCUCGUAAAUUAUGCUGGUAUGGUUUGUUAUAAUUAUCUAGUUUCUAAGUAAAAGUUAAUAUAUAAAAAUUAUAAAAUCAGUGGAUAUAUUUUUGAUAUAACAUAUUUACAAUGCCAACAGUCUCUGUGAAAUAAUUGUUAUACCAUUGAUAUUAUUUUUUGAUAACGUCAUAUAUCCAGUAUUAGUCAUUUUAGCAUUUACAACGCAAAUAAAAGUAUUUGUUGAAGUAUUUUGGAAUGGUAUUUUAUGCAUUUUAUAGUCUAUAGGGUCGAAUAAGUUUUAUUUAAUCCACCAUGUUUAUUCAAGAUUAUUGUAAUUUUUAUUUGUGGAUCAUAAAAACUUAGUUGUUGGUUUAAUAAA